AUGGCUCCCCUGGGUGAAGUUGGGAACUAUUUCGGCGUGCAGGAUGCGGUGCCGUUCGGGAACGGGCCGGUGUUGCCGGUGGACAGCCCGGUCUUGCUAAGUGACCACCUGGGUCAGUCCGAAGCAGGGGGGCUUCCCAGGGGACCCGCGGUCACGGACUUGGAUCAUUUAAAGGGGAUUCUCAGGAGGAGGCAGCUGUACUGCAGGACUGGAUUUCACUUAGAAAUCUUCCCCAACGGUACUAUCCAGGGAACCAGGAAGGACCACAGCCGGUUCGGGAUCCUGGAGUUCAUCAGUAUAGCCGUGGGUCUGGUCAGCAUCCGUGGCGUGGACAGUGGACUCUACCUCGGCAUGAAUGAGAAGGGGGAGCUGUAUGGAUCGGAAAAACUCACGCAAGAGUGUGUCUUCAGAGAACAGUUUGAAGAGAACUGGUACAACACGUACUCCUCCAACCUGUAUAAGCAUGUGGACACUGGACGGAGGUUCUACGUCGCGUUAAAUAAGGACGGGACCCCCCGGGAAGGAACCAGGACUAAGCGGCACCAGAAAUUCACCCAUUUUUUACCCAGACCCGUGGACCCCGACAAAGUACCCGAACUCUAUAAGGAUAUCCUAAGCCAAAGUUGA